AUGGCUAAAAAUGAAAGCUUCAACUCGGCUACUGGAUUGAGUCCGUUAUUUUCUCCGUCAUUGCAAGGUCAAAAACGUCGUCAAAGUGGCUAUGGUUCCAGCAGUCCACAUAUCAUCGAUAAUGAUGAUAGCCGAGAACGACGUCAACGCCGUCGUAGUCGCUUGAGUGGUGUUGAAAGUCCUUUAACUAAGGAUCAUACCAAAAAACGGUCCGCGGUAGUGGACGCAUCUGACGGAUUGACCAAUGCCCAACUCAAAGAACAUUAUUCCAAUUGCAUUAAAUUAUCCACGGAAAAUAAAAUCACAUCAAAAAAUGCUUUCGCCUUGCAUUUAAUUGACUACAUGGCUGACGUUAUUAAGAAUCAAAAUGGAGCAACUAAUUUUCAGAUUGCAAGUUGCACGCUGGAUGCUAGUGCUAAAAUUUAUGCUGGACGUAUCGAUAGUGUACAUAGUGAGGCUUAUAAAGUAUUAGGAGGGUUAGGAAGAUCGGAAGAUAAAGAAAAAAAUCAAGAUCAGAAUGAUACCGAAGAUAGUGAUAAAGCACGCAGAAAGAAUCUUGCCCGAAAAGUUCAGACUAUCGAAGAAAAUGUUGCUUCUUUAAAUACGGAACACAUCGAUUUACAGUUUGAAGUUGACCCGCUAUUCCAAAAGAAUAGCGCAGCCUUUGACGAAUCUGGGACUGCGGGACUACUCUUACAUACGCUGUUUUUUAAUGACGACAGUAUGGAUGAAAUUAGCAUUAAUUCAAACGUUAUAGCCAACACGACUAGGUGCUAUUUUAAAGAUGAAAACAAAGAAGAAGUUUCUGAUGAGAUGACUGUUGAUAUCAGCGAAUGGAAGGGAUGUUUAAGGUGCUUAUGUACGGAAGAUUUAAGCAUAUGUCCUAAGAUCGAUUAUUUAUCUUCGAAAGCGACUCACGAUUCAAAUCAGAAUGCUGUAACUUCUAAUCAAAUUAUGAAUCACUCCUUUACGGCUAAUCCAUCCGAUAACAGUCUGCAACAUUAUGAUUAUAUCGAUUCUGACGAUGACGAUGAUGGCAACGAUAUUCCGAAUAAAACAAUUGAUGAUGUUCGAGCUCAGAUAGAUUUUACUCAUGAUCAAGAAGCCGCACAUUUGGAUGAAAAUAAUCCUAUUGGGGCAAUGUUUCGCCCAACGAAGGAUCCGAAAUUAUUUCUAGAGUCUGCAUUGAAACUAUCAGAGUACUCUUACUUCAAUAAUGCCGUCUUGGCUACCUGGGCUGGUCCUAAACAUUGGAAAUUGCAGCCAAUUUCUCGUGAAUUAAAAUCUACCGAUAAGCAUAGUAGACCAACAAGUCAAAAGCGAGUGCCAUUCAAAGUUGAUUUCUCCGCUGAUGUCGAUUUUGAAAAAUGUUUCUCGAAAGGAAAGAGUGCUAUAACGUUGUCAAAAGCUACCCUUAAGGGUCGUUCAUCAGAGCAGACUACGCUACCGGAGGACCUGCAUUACGAAGCAGAUACACUGUUUUUAUUAUUCACAAAGCCAAAAAUGAUGGUAAAGUGGCAUCAAGGAAAUCAAAGCGAUACAAUAGAAGAUGAUAGCAAUUGGUAUGAUUAUAAUAAUCCAAAUGAUCGCCAAAAUUACUGUCCCAAUGUCGCGGUCGACUACGAUGAUGAUGACGAUGACGAUAGAGAUAACUUUGAAGCAGAUCAACUUCAAAGUGUUCAAUCGAAUAUGGCUCAAAGUGGUUUUAAUUUAGACAUGUUAGACGAUACACAAUUAGUUACAGAACCGAGGAAGGUAAAUAAAAUUGAAAUAAAUUAUGCGAAAACGGCGAAAAAAGUGGAUGUAAGAAAAUUAAAAACUGCAAUGUGGGAUGCUCUUUGUAAACCGACCGAAGAUGCGGAUAAUAAAGAAAACUUCAAUGAGAACAUUAAUCCAGAAAUAUCACAACAGGAGACGAAGUUAUUAGAAAAACUUACUACUGAACAGUCAUUUAAAGAAGUUUAUCACAAUAUCCCUAAAAAGAUAUCAGGUUCAACGGCAAAAAAUCUUUCGGUGCCUAUCUGUUUCGUUUGCUUACUUCAUUUAGCAAAUGAAAAGAAUCUUCAAAUUACCGGUAAUGAAUCAAUGGCUGACUUGUUAAUUACUCAGGAUCAGUAA